AUGUACUCUUUGUUCCAGAAAAGGACAAAAAGAACCAUAUCAAGGCAUCAUGCCCCGGAUAGCAUUGAAAGCUACUACCAAAGGUACGGUCCUGCCUCUCUUUCUCCCCCCCCCCCCCACCCCACCGCACCCCUCAGGAAGGGAAUCAUUCACGUUGUGCGAUAGGAAGUGGACAGGGCUGAGAGUAGGUGGGCCUCCAUGACAGAUAUAAUCUCCUCAAAACAAAUCACCACCUUUAGGAUUCAUUCCAGACCUCCACAUGCACCUGCUGAAAAGAGAAAACAGCAGUUGGACAUUUGGCUUACACAGGCUUAUGAUGGGCUGAUUAUCCCUAAUUCUGUUAAAUGUUAAACUAAUAAAUACGUUUCUUUUGGGGGGGGGGUUUACAGGCUAAAGGGGGAUUCUGAGAAAGAGUCUUUGCGUAUCACAAUCAGCCUUUUUUCUAGCUUAUUAAGCCAUUGUUCUGUUGGAAACGAGGCCGGGAUAAUGCACUUCUAAUCCACUUAUAUAACAACAAACCUCAGAGAUGAUCUGGUAAAGAUCUGAGGGAGCUUUGGUGGUUUCAGUUGGCGAUGGGAAAAAGCAUUUUUGGGCGGGCAAAGCGAGGGGAGUUAACUAACUAACUAUCAUGCUUGUCUGGCUUAAAGGAAGUCUGAGUCUUCUAAGCACUGCCGUUUUAACCACAGCAAGCCUGCCAUAUGCCACUGAGGCCGGAGUCAUCAGAGACUUUAACAUGUCUUGGCUGGCCUGGUCUCCUCCCCUCUCCCCUUCUGUCUGCCUUUGUGGGCUGUUCUUUUUUUCACCACUGUCUGUUUUUUCUUUGUUAUAAUGAAGGUACCUGAGCGAAGCCAAGGCACGUCCCUCUGUCCCUGUACUGUUGGAGCUGGCCAAUGAGGUAAUGUCAUAUAACCUCUAUUUCUCUACCCUUUAUGCUCUACUCUUUUAUUUUCCAUUUGAAGUGCGCACAAGCAAAUCUUGGUACAAACAUAAUUAUCCUCUGAAUACCCCUGAAUGCGUUUCAAAUAAUCGUUUUUCCUGUCUGUUAGCGAUUAUGAAAAUUGGACAAAUGGUCCGGUCUAUUAACCAAUUAUUUAAUGUAAUUAGUAUUUAUCCCCUUUAACGCAGAUGUGAAAAUAGUUUGUGCUUUAUUAUGUCAUUUUUAUAAUUGACAUUCAAAACUGCCACAGUUGCUUCAAACUGCAGACAGGUGAGGUGCAGGUAGGUCACUGACUGGUUCACUCUUCAAUUCCUAACAAUAUUGUUUUAAUCAGGCAGCACACUUUCCAAUCACACCAAAGAAAGAAAGAUGCAACUCUACAUAAGCCUACAUGUUUGGGGUUUGGAAUAAUACGAAUUUUCAUACAACUCAAAAUAUUUAAUGCUAAUUGAACAUGUACAUGUUAGGUUGAAAGUCCGAGUAUGUAUUGUGUUUAGGGCUAUCAUAGGUUACUAUGAGGGAUUUAUUCACUUCAGAAAUGGUGUGUGAAAGCGCUGGGUGUUUGUAUUAAAAACGGUCUUGGUGCUGUGAGUAUUGUUACACACAGCCAAGCUCCAACAUAUCACAUAAGAAUGAAUGUGCUCUGCGCUAGCUGGUGUCUCCUGUGCAUUGCAGCCAGUCAGUGAAAAGGUGUUUGGUACAGUAGCCGUAAGAUGCCAUGCUAUUAGGGUAGCUCCUCUCACAUCCGCCACAUCCUCAGCACCAUGGGGAAAAUGGAGCCACGGGCUCAAUGAAACAAAACGCCUGGAAUGUUUACCCAGAUAAUAGCAGAGAUGAGGUUUUAAUAUCCCCUUCCAAUAAUUAUCAUCUUUGUUCACAUGGGUUGGUUCAGCCAUAGGUAUCUAGGUAGCUCAAAAAGCAUCAACAUUGUUCCUCAGUUCAUGACUGUUGCAAUUUCAAAGCAUAUUUGUCUCUCCUCUUAAACCUUCUUUUAAAUGGCAAUCACAUUUUUUUUUUUGCAGAUGCUUCAAACCAAGCAAUGAGAUUCCAUGCUUCCUUUUCUAAAUCUGAAUAGUUCACAUGCAUCAGUGGCACCUCAAAGCUAACUGUCAUUAUUCAUUCUCCAUUUAAUAGACAUAAUUUUUUUCAAAGGAUUAAACUCAGCUCGGAGAUAACUGUCUAUGAACCAUUUAACUGUCAUUUUAAUACGCUACUUAACAUUUAAACCAAGCACUCAUGCUCUCGCAGACAGCUAAUUGAUCUAGUCUCAGCCCUUUAUGUGACAAUAUACAGUAUCUCCAACAGGGGGAAAUAGUUUUCAUCAAUGUUAAUAAUCUUUUUUCCCCUGAAAUAUUCUGCUUAUAGGUUUUUAUAUAAAAGUAGUUGUUUUUCUAACCUUUUUUAUGGUGCUUCGUGAAGGUCAAUUAAGCACAUAUGCUUAAUUGUAAAGCUACAGGCAUUAGACUGCAUUAGACUGUCUGUGAGCCUGACACCUUUUAGCAUCAGGGGCUCAAACUGAAGCUGGAGAGUUUCUAUUUUUUACGGUAAUUAUUUUCAGCAGGCAUUCAAGGGCCUGUGAAUCUUAGUCACAUGUUAAACUCAUGAAGUGCUGCGAUGUGAUUUGAGAAGCUAGGAGAUGGACUGAUGAUUAAUAUGAAAAUUAGGGAGAUGCAAGUACCUGAACUAAUCAGGUGGUCCUUAUGCAGACUGGGCCAGCGUGAGUAAUGUCGCCAUUUCUCAUGUGUCAGAGCUGAUGUGGGUUACUCGGGAUGGGAUGCUCUCUCGUUAUCUCAGGGUUUAUGUGAAUAGAAGAGGGGGAUAAGUAUUGGAUGAGGGGGAGAGAUGGAGGAGAGAGAGAGCCCUGUAGGCUACACAGACGAAGAUGCUGUCUGAGCUCCCUCCCUAAUGAAGAUGAAGAUUGUCUCCUAACCUCUGUAAUAAUUAUAGACAUGUUUGGUCUUUAGCUAGCUGCCUUUUGUAUGCAGAAUUAUGGAGAUAGUUAACAAAUUCUACCGUUGUCUUAAAGUCUUUGUGCAGAGUGGAGAGCUCUGUCUCUGCUUCCAGCACCAGCAGGAAGGAUCACAGAGGAGAUGAAACACUACAAUCUCUAUACAAGCUAAGGGCAAAUUCACUUUGGGGCCCAAUUAUGCUAACAAGAGAAAAAUGUUCCCCGGCUGUUAGAACAGUCGGUUUCUUAAAGUCGCUGGAAAUGGCACACAUUUUACUAGCCACGCUUGUGUAUUACUGAGGCAAUGGCGUUAUUAGGUAGUUUGUCAUUUCGUCUUUUCCAUUUUUAUAUUGUGCUAUAUUAACUGUCCAAAUUGCAUGUUUUUGUGUUAUUUUCCAAACGGUUUGUUACAUUUAGGGAGCUAGCAAUUUUGUUUCCAACGGAAGAAAUAAGAAAAUACAACUUUUGUUGCUCAAAUCGUUGCUCUUCAGGGUUCUUGUUUAUAGAUGUCUUGUUUUUAGCCUCCACCAGAGAUAAGCAAUUGGGGUACCUAUCAUUAUUUCUAACCUGUCUUGGUACUCAGAGCCAUACAGAAUAUGGUGCUACAGUGCAGAAUGAGUAGAGAAAUGAAAUGGAGUGGGCUGGUGGCUGGGAGGUUGGAUACCAGAUACCUUGUUGUCAGGGCCAGAUUCACACUGGUAAUCAGGCCCCCAAAUCAGUCAUUAGAGUUCCUCUACCUGUCAGGCUUCCCCUUGAUCUCCAUCCUACUGCAGCCCUCUCACUUCUCAAGGUGUCUUCCCUUCCUUCCCUUCAAAGACUGGCUCUGCCAUAGGUCCUCCACUCUUCCUCUUCCAGCGCCUGUGAUAUUAGGCAUUGUACUGUAGUUACCAGCUCCAGUCCCUCUGGUGUGUCCUGUCCUGUGUUUCUGCCUUAGUAAUCUUCAUAUGAUUAAAGCUCUGACUGGGUCUCAAGGUUGGAUGGGCUAAUUGUUGCACUUUUCAUUUCAGAUGAUGUGACUUGCACCUUCCUUCCACGUCUCUCUUGAUAGAAGUGAAGGCAUUUAAAGCUGGUAGCUUGGCUAUAUUAAGAGCCCAUUUGUUCCAGAAGGAAACAUUAGUGCGAAGGAAGGCUCCCAAAAACCAAAUGAUGUUAGGCCUGCUGUCGAAAGUUGGGUCAAGGUUGUAAAACAGCACAAUGUAGGCCUACUGUAAUUUGGCUCCAUUAGAAAUGUCAUUAUGUCUGUGACGUCAACCCAACACGGACAGCCAAUGUUUUUCCAAUGGAGUCAUUCUUAGUUCUUAAAAAAACUCUCACACAUCCAAAUGAUCCAAAAUUGUGGGAAUGUCCUUGAAUGUCUCACAAUUGUGCCAUUCUCUAUGGAGGGAGAAAAGCAAAGUCCCCUCCCCUGCUCUGUUUUUAUUUGAACUAUCUAGAUCCCUUAACCACAUAAUACUCACCCACUCUCCCCCCUUGUUGUUUCAACCCCUUCACAGGUGGACCUCUCCCCAGCGCUCAUGGCUCGCGUCAUUGUGGACAGGUUCCUUCAGGAUCAGGAGGGUGGUGUGUGUGAGUAGAGUCUUUCUCUCUCUCUGGUUCUCUCUCUCUGGUUCACUCUCUCUGGUUCACUCUCUCUGGUUCUCUCUCUCUGGUUCACUCUCUCUGGUUCACUCUCUCUGGUUCACUCUCUCUGGUUCUCUCUCUCUGGUUCACUCUCUCUGGUUCUUUCAUUGGUUCUCUCCGUCUUAAUUCCCUUCCUAAGGGAAGCUGUAGCAACAGUGCUGCUGCUGAUGUUGUUCAGCCCACGCAGUCUUAAUGAGAGACAGGCCACUACUACUACCUGGGGCAGAUGACUGACAAUUAAGCACUCGGAAGACCACCCACCACUUAACUGCUGUUUAGAUCAAUGCUAGUUCAUUUCAUCAGUGUUAUUUAUAACCCCCUCUGAUCUCCCCCUCCUACUCCCCCCACCCACCCUCCCCUCUUUCUUCCUCCCUCCAUCCCAAUUGGGCUCCACUAAGGAAAUGGAAUUGAGGGGAAAGUGUGGCAGAAAAAGCAAACGGUUGCUGCAUUGCGCUGAUGGACACAUGAGGGGAGAAUGAAAAUCCAGACACAUUUUUUCUUGAAGGUGUCCCAAAAAUAGACAGUUUGAAAAACAGUCCUAGUGCAUCGUGGUUAGUCUGUUUUCUUUCAUGGCUUGACAUUACUAGAGUCAUGGAAUGUGUAUAGAUAUUGUAGAUUUAAAAAAAUAUAUAUAAUGGCAUUCCUAUUUAAAACCUUAAUAUUCAUUAAAUAUUCAACCCCUUUAAACCUUUGAUAAUCUUGAAUACUUCAAGAAAAUAUACUAUUUCUGAAGUGUGUAUAUAUAUACCAAAUAAACAAAUAUUCUAUGAAAAGUUGCUCAAAUCAUCACCCCGAUAUACACUAACGGUCAAAAGUGUGCAAAGCUGUCAUCAAGGCAAAGGGUGGCUAUUUGAAGAAUCUCAAAUAUAAAAUAUAUUUUGAUUUGUGUAACACUUUUUUGCUUACAACAUGAUUCCAUAUGUAUUAUUUCAUAGUUUUGAUGUCUUCACUAUUAUUCUACAAUGUAGAAAAUAGUAAAAAAAUUAAGAAAAACCCUUGAAUGAGUAGGUGUUCUAAAACUUUUGACUGGCAGUGUACAUAAUAGCAAACUGUGUGAUUUAUUUUUAUUAGAACAGUCAAUAAUACUACUCCUUUGCCCAUCCAUACAGUCACAGUUGCCACAUACCUUGUAAACCCACAAUAACAUGCUAAUAUUACAAAGAGCAACAGGAUGGGGAACCAGGAGUUAAUUUGCCCUGGGUGAAGAAAAAACAUUUAGUUAUUUUCCAAGUGUCAACUGGAUGAUUAAAACGGGCUGUUAAGUGAGCUCGGGGGACUUGCCUGUAAAAAGGUUUAUGAGUAAUAUUCACUGCCAUAUUCAAAGUGAGCCGUGAACACCAGGGUAAUUGCUCUCUGUCCAUCUCUGCUCCACGAAGCGCAGCACAUCAACCCAACCGGUCAGGCCUCUGUAUAUUUGUCUUGUUGCUUAUUCUGAAGAGAGGAUAGGGUAGAAUAUGGCUUUUGGUAUUUCAUAGUCCUUCACCACUUCACCCCCUGUGUAAUGUUUACCUUUGCUGGCUGACAGUCUAGGUCUCUGGACUGCUCUCGGUUGCAGCAUAAAUUCUCCCCUUCAUUGAUGCAGUGGAAAACACGACCUGCUAUGCAAAACAUUCUGGAGGACAUACUGUAGCCUGCUUGUUUGGCAGGUUUUUUUUUCUUCAGUAUCUCUACUUUCUUGUAUGGUUUGUUGGUAUUUUUCAACCUUGAGACUUCACGUCGCCAUUUGAUUCUGUGAUCCUUUACCUCACCUAAUUCAUUCAGAUGAGUGUUCUGUGUUAAUUUCCUUCUAAUUCCUCUCAUUAACUGUCUCUCCGUCUUCGUCUCUCUCUCUCUCUCUCUCUCUCUCUCUCUCUCUCUCUCUCUCCUCUCUCUCUCUCUCUCUCUCAUCUCUCUCUCUCUCUCUCUCUCUCUCCUCUCUCUCUCUCUCUCUCUCUCUCUCUCUCUCUCUCUCUCUCUCUCUCUCUCUCUCUCUCUCUCCCUAUGUCACUCAUACACAUCCCACAUACACACACACACACACACAAAGAUCCCACAUCAUUUCAAUAGACACAUCCUGGGAAGCGUGUGCCAGUGGGUGCUUUAUGAGGGAAUCACAUGGUGUCAAAACACAGCGUCUUCGGUUUAAUCAAGAAAGAGAUUAAAGUGGAUGUGUGUUAUUUCAACUUCUCCACAGCACAGCCAUUUGUCAAAGUCAAGUCUGUGAUUGCUUUGGACCCACCGUUAUCCACUGCCUGUCAAAAUAGUAGUCGGAGUAGUGUGUAGAACAAGGCAGAUGGAGGCAUUCUCUCUCUGAGACGCUGCCUGGGAGACUCAACCUGCAGCCCACACAGAACCCAAACACUGGAACUAGGUGAGAUUAGCUUCUUGAAGGCUGUACGGUAGGGGUGGCCAUUUGAAAUGAUUUCUCUAUUCAAAAAGUAUCAUGACAUUUUUUAAAGAUAUCCGUAUAGUCCAAAUUCUAUACUCACACAAGUAAUGGGAUAUUGGAAUAUUCAAAUAAGAGUGCCCAUCCCUACUGUACAGAAUUGAUGUUGUAAUCACACAUGAAGUUGAAGGGAACCUUUGCUAGGAUGGAUAUGCAUUUAUGAUGUAGAAACAGACUUUCAAUAUACACGUAUGUGCUUGCAUACCUAGUAAGGUUUCUGUAAUGCAAUAUGUAGUAGUAAUGACAGCCAAAUAAUUACAAAUAUUUGAAAAUGAAAAAUGUGGAUAUUCUCAAUCUCUUGACAAUACAAUGCUAAAUUAUGUACAGGCUGCACAAAAUACAUACAUUCAUGAAUGCAACUAUAGCCUGUCUUCAAGCACAACAUAGCCAGGCUGUGUCAUCCAUACAGUUUUCCCAUGCAGAGAGCUGGUUUCCCAUGCAGCCAGCUAGCCAGCCUGUGUGAGGGUGACUUAUAAUUUGACACAGCCUCUCUCUCUCUCCAUCGCCUCCUCUCAGUGGUGACCUGCCUGGCCUUUGGAAUGAAGCGCUGCACACACAGUCUGGAACCUCCCUGUGUGUAUAUUAGACUUCUGUAAUGUGUUUCCAUUAUGAAACAAUGCUAGGAUAAUUGUAUUUGCUGGCAAUUAGCUUACAGGUUUGUUCAGGGCUAUUGGCAGGCGUAUCAAUCAUUUGCCCCCCCCCCCCCCCGCCGGACACACUGUGUGGUGUGUCGCAGGAGAGCGAGCAGUCUGCAAAGAUCAAUCGACUUCUAUAUAAGGGAUAUACCCCCAACUGGGUGAGCGACUCCUUUUCCUAGCACCAUCCUUUUUUUAUUCCCCUCUUUCCUUUGCAUUUAAGAGACGCAGAAAUGGGGCCUUUGGGACUGUGGAAUAUAUGUACAAUCACUAUAGCCAGAUCGAUACAGACUUUUAAAUUGUUUUCUGUUUUUCCUUGUUUUGUUUUGCUGGUGGUUUGUCUCCCCUCCCUCCCUCCCUCCUCCCUCCUCCUCCUCCUCCUCCUCCUCCUCCUCCUCCUCCACCUCCUCUUCCUGCUAAAGGAUUAAAGGGAGCAUCACUCAGGCGAGACGAUAGCAAAGCUAUUUGGUGGCGCAUGUAAAUAAAUCAAUAGAUUCAAAGCAGUUUCGUCACGUAUUGAAUAUGAUAUCAACAUCCAUAAUGCUCCUCGUCUCAUGAAGACAGACUGGCUAGAGGGGAGGGGCAGGUAGUACUGAAGCAACCUCUCCUUUAUUCCUAGAGAGCCAACAGCACUAUACAGAGAGGACAGUAUUGCCAUUCUAGGUCCACAUAAUCUACAAUUGUUCUCAAUAAUAUUCUUCAUAAUAUCGGGAUGAUUUGUGUAUUUAUGUGGAAUAUAUAAACCUACAUCCAUGCACACUAAUCCAUAAUGUGAUGAAGACUAGACAUAGUGUUUGAAGUAAAACGUUUUGAUUGGUCACCUCUUAGUUGACCUCAUGACUUGAAUGUAUUGAGGCUUGCCAAUGGAUAAUGAUGAUGAUACUCUAAGCAGUCACUAACUAGGAGAUUAGAGAGGGAUACUGAGGGAUCUCAUCCCCAUCUCAUCAUCCCUUCUCCCCCUUCAUCCCUCUCCCCCUUCAUCCCUCUCCCCCUUCAUCCCUCUCCCCACUGACGUGAGUUGAAGUGCCUCUAGAUUUAGAUACACUUUUUUUGAGGAGGCAAUUUUGCUAGCUAUUUGACCUUUUCCAUUUUCCCAAGGCCUUCCACCAGAUUAAAUUCCUGCUCUGUGUUUUCGAACUACGCAAUUGGACCGCUACACAAUUUAUUGUCAUGUUCGCUCACCAGAGAACCAUGUAGGCAAGGUUAUAUGUCGCCUACGUUAGAUGUUAACAUUUCUGAAAAUGUUACCAAUGUCCAUGGUUUUCAACAUAUUUCAUGUUUCUUAGAUUUAAUUUGUUGAUCACAAAAUGGAUGCUGCUUUAGACCCACUGUUAUGACUUUCAUGGUUUCUCCCCCAUUUGUCACUAAGGGCUUCUCUCUCCCUCCUGUUUGCACAAGAUAUGACCAAGAUUGGUGCUGGAGCAAGAAUCGCACAACAUCCAUACAGUCAUUUUGUUUUGAAUAAUGAGAGCCAGGGCACUUCAUUAGCAAGGAAGAAGUAAGAAAAAGAGUAGGAGGUAUAGGAGGAGGGGGGUGGUGGUUGUGGGCAAGGUAAGCAGGCGCGUGGCACCUCACUUGACAAGUAUACUAAUGACUUAUUUUCAUCAGAGGAACUGAAGUCAACCCCUGCUGCAGUCUGCAGUCUUAUGGCCUGACCCAGGAAGAGCUCUGUAUGGUAGAGCCGCCCCAGCCCAACCAACCACACGCACGCACGCUCUCAUUUCACUGCUAUCAGUGAAAAUCAGGUGGAAGUAGAUCAGUUCUGCACCAGCAACACCUUCUGGGACUCUGCUCCUCCCGCACUGACGAUACCACCCAGCACCAUAAUACACAUGGCAGGAGGAAAGGAAAAAUAGAAGGGAAAAAAAUGAUCUCGCUCACUCUCUCUCUCUCGUCUUCUUUUUUUUUUUUUUUGCGGGAGGAUACAUUUAAAAGGAGUAAAUUGGAAAAUCAAAUGAGGGCUUUAGGCAGCCGUGGAGAUUUGCAGAGCUGUCCGCCAGUGUCUGAGGCUCAUCCAUCAUGUCCCACAAGUAGUCAAUUCCUCCAGUAUCUGUAAAUGUUUUCAGAUAUUAGCCAAUUUAUAUGCUCCGAGAUUCAUCAUGGAAAAUCAGCUUUAACGGCGCGCAUUAUCAGGAGCCGUCUCUUUCCUGCUCCAUGACGUUUGAUGAACGAGCGUCCUUCCGCAGCUCAAUGGCUUGUGCAUGGGAACGAUGGGUUUGGGUGGGGGGAUAUGCAGGGCUUGGUCCCCUAUGAAAAAAGUGGGUUUUUUAAUUAAUAAACAAACUUGCCGAGGAGCUCAUCAGUGUCGUGGGCAAUAACGACCGCCAUCCAUUAUUGUUUAUAACGGUCCUCCCUCAACAAAUGUUGCAUUCUAAUGAGCUUUCUCAACAUUCUUUUCAUUCGCAUAAUGACUUUUUCACCCUACUGGAAACAAGGGGGAGAGAUGAUACAAAUUAAAUGAGUAAGGAAAGAGAAAUCAAGCAAGCUUACUAGUUACGUUCUUGUGGUUACAGUACCGAGCUACCUUCCUUGUAGCAUUGAGCGUUUUGUUUUGUGCGUUGGAAGCUGUACUAAAAGGGAUGUUGUGGUGUUUGUUUUUACGCUAGCUGUUUUCUUUAGCAAAUCCCAAUGGGAGGUGAAGCGUUUCCUUCUAAUGUUCUCCUCCCCUCUCCUGCUCCUUAGAUGUUGAUGAUAUGAUACCUCAGUCAGAAUUUAUGCCAACAUGGGACAAUUACAAUAAAGUUGGUGUAUAUUUACAAGGUGUAAAGUCAUGCUGCAGGCUUUGUUCUCUGCAUGUGAGGCUGUAACGUAACGUGUGUUUGUAGUUUAUUUGUUUGUGAUGAUGUAGUGUAUAUAUUUAUGUGUGUAUGUCUGUGCAUGUGUUUGUGUGUGUGUGUGGCCGUGCAGCUCAUGGCGGCGUGGCUUGCAGUGCUGUGCGAGGCGGGGGUGUCUUUAAUAAAUGUAUGCUGAUAUUCGAGGGAGGCUGCAGCAAUGCGAGGGAGACAGGGAUGCUGGGCCGGGCCAUGUUGUUAUUUACUGCCGUGGUUGCGCACGGCGCAUGGCGGGCGAAUCCCGGCCUGCAAAUGGCAUUAAGGCCGGCCUGUGAUGAAUGAGCAUUAGGGUAAAGUCAUUUUAAAGACAGCCUGAUUUAUUAACGGCCUGGUCUUCCAUUUUCAUCAGGUCAAUGCUUGGCUUGAAACUCCACAAUGUCAGCUCCAAGGUCACCCUCUUUAUGGCUAUUUUUAACCCCAUAUCUAAAGAAAAAAAACCGGAUCACUUAUCAUGGCUACUCUAAAAAAUAUAGAAUGAAUAACAAGAUGGAGGGAAAGGGAGCAUGUUAGUGUAUAGCUAAAGUGUAUACGUGUUAGUGUCGUGUUAUGUCAGAGACCAGAAUGUGGUGAUGGUCAACCUCCAAUUAUGAAUGCUAGUAAGACAAGAGCUUUAAUGGUGGCUGUUUGCCUUCGGGAAGGUUUAUUACACACUACUGUUUUGCAGAAGCAGCGUCAAAUCUAUAAAACUACCAUUAGGAGGGAGGAAAAUCAAUCAAAAUGCCAUUAAAGUGGAAUAAGUUGCCAAUAUUGCUGAUGUGGUUGCGGGUCCUUUGAUUUUCCUUCAGAUUAUUAGGCACAGUCGAGUAGUGACUUUGUUAAGAGAAACGAGUGUUGUUGGGGAGUAAUAUGUCUCUCGGCUUCAUAAAGUUUGCUGCCUCAUAUUUCCCGCUUUAUUGAUUAUCCAUUAUCAUUUGUCAUGAGGUGUCCUAACUCAAGGGGAAAAUAUAACCCUCUUUCUUCAUUGCCGGCGCUGCCUGCGCGGGAGCAUGGUAUGGAUCUGCGUGUGAAGGUACCAAUCUCUGAGAAAAAUGAGCAGAGAAAUAAAGCACAGCCCUGAGAGAGCGAGAGAGGGAGGGAAAGAGAGAGGGGAGUGCUGACUGGGCUUUGUCCUCCCUCUUGUUUCUCUUUCUCUUUCAGCACUGGGAAGAGCAGACGAGGGAUCAUAUUUGUUCUUCCUCUGCCGGCGGUUUGAUAGUACACACGAAGACUAGCACCUAUGAAGAAAGAAAAAGAAAGAAGGAAAGAGAGAGUGGGGGAGGGAGGGUGGAGGGAGGUUCUAAGCGAUUUAUGUGUUCUAGCAAAGAUCUCGUCAUAAUGAGGGUUUAGGUUUAAUAGAGGCUUAUAUAGCAAGUCAGGUCUUAUAAAAUCACAGUCCUUUUAAGUCGGUUUUAUUUCAUUGGACGCUGUUCACUCCUCUUCCUCCCCUUUCUAUAAACCCUUCAAAUUAGCCUUCUUGUCUUCAGCACUAUCAAUCUAUCGAUCUACACAUCUCCGGUAGAUUCCCUAGCUAGCUGUGUUUUUGGACAGGAUCCAUUAACGUCUGAAAUAUGAAUAGAAACAUUCCUGAUGUUGUCAGUAAUGCAGUGAGUCUGUCACGACCGUAUGUAUAUAUCAUUAGAAUGGCGCGCCUCAACCAUUUCGUCACACAAUGAUACAAUCCAUUUAAUCCAAAUCUUUAAAAAAAUGAUUUAAGGAAUUUUUGCUGUUGCAGUAAUAGGGAAUCAAUCCAACGGCUUGCAGCUCACUGAUUUAUAAUGUUAGUGGAGCUUGAAUGGGGAUGAGAGAGGCAAAAUAGUAAUCGUUCAUAACGUAGAUAAACUACAUGGGGCUCCUGUGCUCUGGAGUGAAACUAUGGAAAAUCUCAAUAGGCUCCAAGCAGCCAGGCAGGUCGAUGGACUAGGCUAGAAAUACUGCAGUAACACUGGUAGCAGCAGGGUAAAUGAUGGUAAACCUGACCUUGGUGUUUAUCUACUCUGUUGAUCAUCCACCUUUUGUAUCUCCUCAGUCACUGUUACAUUUCUAAAAGGUUUGUGAUACUUGGAUUGGGGCAUUGCUGGGACUGGGAUGACUUACCAUAGUUUGUGUGUUGUGUGCGGUCCUCUCUGUCCUACUCACAGCCUCCAAGCAAGUCCUCAACAGCAUGCUACGGGAGCCAUCUUUGAUUCCAGACCAGGCUUUAGCCAAUCACGUCUACCAGGUAUUUGAAGUAUACAUUUAUACUGUAGCAGAUAACAUAAAAGUCCACACUGUAAUGUAAUGUAAUUGUUACUGAAAUAGUGAAUGUGUAUUAUUUGUUCUUGUAAAUUAAUCCAUACUGUAUCUUUCUCAUGAUUAAUUUCCUGUAGCAAGUCUUGCAUGUGUGAGUAAAAAUUCAGAAAUAUUAAACAUGAUUCCCGACCCUUUUUAACGGGUGUGUUGGCUUCCUUCUUCCUUCCCCCUGCCUGUGCGCUGUAAUAUUUAUUCCCCCUCUUUUCAGUGCACAAUAAAUGACUGCUGUUAUGGACCACUGGUAGACUGCAUCAAACAGUAUCCUUUCCCAUAAAAUGUUAAGCCUGAAAUUGACGAGGAGCUAUUGAAGGGGAUGAGAUGUGUCUGGCUUCACCUGACAUAAAAGUUCUGCUUCAGAGGGGAAGUGUUUCAUCCUGCCUGCAUCCCGUUGUCCCCAUUGCAGGGGGUGGAGGAGCAGGAGGAGAGGAGGCUGCUGAUGUAAAUGCACCUCCCUUGUUCACAGAGUGAAUCAGGCCCAAUGUUCUAUGCCACAGGAAGGGGGUAGGCAUGUGUUAUUCACAGCCAUUUGUAUUUACUUCCUGUGGGUUAAGUGGCUCUUGAAAUGUGACAACUCCAAUAGAACAAAUAGGCCAGUAAGGGGGAUACGGUAUGUUUCUUUAAGUCAAGAAAUUAAGCAAAGUUGGAGUUGUUUUGGGUCCCUGAAAAUAAUUGUAAGAGUUAGCAGCAAUAGAGUACAUUGAAUGUGGUUUAGGAAAAUAUGACUUUGUGCCAUUAGAAAGGUGUCUUCUACUGCCAUUAUGCUACAUUGACCAUUUCCCUGUUUGCCUGUUCACCUGCCUGCUCAGUAAAGAGAGCAGUCCGAGUUAUCAGCACCAUGGAGAGUUCUUGGCAUGUCACUGCCACAUGAAAUAUAGCCCUCCUAGCUACUUCUUUCUCUCUCUCUCGGUUUGUCUUAUUCUAUCACACUCUCUUGUUCGUUCUCUCUAUUUUUCUCACUUACUCAUUGUCUCUCCUUCUCCCUCUCUCCCUCCUUCUCUCCCUCCCUCCCUAUCAGUGCAGCAGUGCAGGUCCAAUGAUCAGAGAGUGGGAGAUAGGCAGUCAUGGGCUGUCAAUGCCAGGUCAACACCACCACUACCUCCUCUCUCUUUCCCUCUCUCCCAGAUAGGAAGGUGUGGGUUGCGGCAGCAAGAGGGCGCAAUGGGGGGUCUAUUUGAAUAUUUAGGGGCAAGCAGCUGGGGACUGCUAUGUUUGCGGGGGGCAAGAAUCGUGGUGCGGUGUGGAGGGGGCUGGCUCUCUGUUCAUGGGCAGUCAACCCUGUCCCAUCCUGCCCUCCUUCCUCAUCCCCCCCUCUUUACCUUCCUUUCACCCUCCUCCCUCCAGCGUCAACUCACAUUCACUCACUCCGCCAAGGCCAGUUCAUGAUAACUGCCCCACUCCUAUGUCCUUUUGGAACGGCUCAAUGUGGACAUCAGAAGAUUGGCUCUGAUGCGUGUGCCACUCAGGGUAUGCAUGUAUUAAUCGCCAGUGUCUGAGUGAUGUGUGUCUGAGUGAUGUGUGUGUGUGAGGGGCAGUGUAAUGCCUGAAGGAGUUUUAGCAUUUUGCCAAAAAGCGAAUUAUGCAUGUAUCAGCCCUUCAUGAAUGCAGAAUGCUUUCCACAGUUUAUUCUAAAGGCACGUUAUUAUUUGUUUUUGAUCAUUUCUUUUUUAUGAGCAGUACGGUCCAGAGGCUGUAUGCAUUUUGCCAAAUUGCCAUUUGCAAAAAAAAUUGUUUUCUCUGAAAAGUUCUGUCUCUUUUGUUUUUGUAAUCUACAGAUUUGUUGUCAAAGUUGAAUUCUGAUGAAUGGCCUUAAAACCCCUGCUCAGAUUAUGCUCUGGCUAGUAUUGUGAUGGGCAGGAGCAUAUGAUAUGCAUAUCCAGCACAUAGCUUAGCAUGAGAGCUUAGUAGCUGUCUCAUCUGAUGUCAUGUUGAUGGGUAACUUCAGUCCCUGUACUAAAACAUGCACACACGCACACAUACACCCUUACAUACUCUUAACUCACGCACACUCUCACGUUGUUGCCACAGCAACCCGUUAAGGGAGGCUUGCCGUUUCCAUAGCAACCCAUCUCCCAGGUAAAAAAAACAACAACCUUUUGCAGUGGAAUUUAAUUUGAUGGAUUUGGAGGGAAACUGUUAUUCACUCUCGAAUGCAGUUGGACUUAUCAUUAAUGAGUGGUAAAUGCUGUGCCAUUACAAUGUAUUUCAGGCUGUGAGGCACAACCAGUAUGUGCUUGAUUUGAUCUAGACUCUAGAGAGACAUCAGUGUUUAUCCUUUGAAAAGUGAAUAAAAGUGACUGAGUGCUGGUGGGUGUAUGUCCUUAACCCUUCACCCCUAGUUCUAUUGGCCAGGAGGCCGAGGUGCUCCUACGUGACAAACUGAAAGAGAGAAACCUGUCCUUCUUAGGUAAGACUACACCUCUCACACCACAACAGUUAGCUUGCAUUCUGUUCUUCUGUUUUUUCACAGGAGGAGAGUUAAAAAAGGAAACGUGGACAUGAUUGAUGUAGUGGGUGUUAUCUCCCAUUGAUUUACUAACAACCUAGAGCUGUGUUAUCUAAUACCCUGUAUGUUUAAUUUAUGCACUAGCCCAGUAUGAAUAUUUGAUUAAAAAAGAGCUUCAAAGAUACAGACCUAAUGUUUGAUCCUCUCAGGUUUCCCCACUCAACAUGUUUCAUUUAGAACAUUUUGCAAAAUGGUCAGUUUCUGCCCAGAUAGAUUUUACACCUCCUCCUGAGUGGGGUGGGGUGGGGGGGGGGGGGGGACAUGAGGUAGUAUCUGUUCCUUUAAUAUUAAUGCUGUUUAAGUGUUCAUCUUCAGUAUUGUAGUCUCAUUAAUAGAUUAUUCUAUUCUUGCUUAUACAACACAACCCACAUUGCUGAAUUAAUGUUGAGUAACAUGUUUCUGAGUCCGGACGAAAGACUCAUAUUACAUGUAUCCAAACAAAUGCCCUGGUUUUAAUGUUGUAUUAGCUUAGUCCGUUUUUAGCCAUAAUCACACGGUUGACCAUAACAAUUGGUAAUUUCCCCUCAAGCAACGCUAGAGGCUUUUCCAUUGUGUUUUCUAGUUUAUUGCUGCCUUUCCCUCUCAUCCACUAUUGUCUUGUCCAGAGAGACUAGGUUAAGGUAGUGAGUGUCCAGGUGUGAAAUUGUUAGUUGUUUCCCACAUCCACUCCCCUCAAUCAGAUGAGUGAUGAAGAAAAAAAAGUAAUUCCCUCUGUCAUUAAGAUGAUAUCAUUUAUUUGGGCCUGUUGUGUUGACCUUCCUCCAGGCCUGCGUGGAGUUCUAAAACUGUCAGAGUUUGGGGGCCUCAGCAUGGCGUUAGGGGCCACAGAGACAGCCCUGCCUCACGACACCCAGCCUGAUAAAUGGAUUGGAAAUAAGCUCCCCUACAGUGGGGACAGGCCAUUCAUUUUAACCAAAGGUGAUGUUAAAAGGCGAUCGGCGCCGCAUGACAAUAUCAACAGCCCUGUAGGUGUUAGGAGAGAGACCACACCACACAGCCCCUCCACCACCACUAUGGGCCUUUGGCUCGAGGCUGCCUGCCGCAGACCUUCGCCUCUCCUCUCUCAACCCUCCACGCCGACACCACCCCUCCACUCUCCGCUCGGUCCCCCUUUCAGGCCCAUUAGUCGAGCUUGGCUGGAGACGAAGAGGCAGGCCCCCGGAAUUGAAUGACCUGGUCGGCCUGAGUUUUAAAUCAGGUGUUGGGCGGAUAAUGGUCAAAGCGCGCCAGGAGUCAAGGACAAUGGCUGCGGCCCGUGCAGGAAGGGGUCAGGCUCACAGCGGCUAUAAUGCCAAGUCUCUGUCCCCUUCUUUAUGAAGCUCCACCAUCCCAUCUACUGCUGCUGCUAGUGGAUCUGUGGAGAGUGGAGGAACUACCAGGCUUUAUACAUUUUGUGCAGUGGCAGUACAAGUGUCAGAUGUAGCUAAUGGUUUCACAGUUUUCUGCUGUCCUCGGCUGUGUCUUGGUGCUUUUGCAACACUGAGCUUUUGUUAUCACUGUGCUGUGGUGGUAAAGAAAGGCAUCUUGGGUAAAAUGUGCUGCUUGGUGUGAAAGACCUACUGGAUUUCUGAAGGGUCAAUCUAGGGAAGAUAGAAACUGAGCCAAUGCUUUUGAGUGGAUACAACAUUAUGAAUGUUGCACUGUAUCACUGCAUGUUGUCACCAAAUAAGUGUCAGCUUUUCUUUAGGUCUUUCAGGACUAUAAUAUGGGGAAAUGUCAAAAUGCUAAAAUUACUGUGAUUUCUGUAGAUGAAAACCAACUGCGAAGCAAAGGUUAUGACAAGACGCCUGACAUUAUCCUGGAGGUGCCAAUCGGUACGUAUUUAUUUACACGAUAAAUGUCAGCGGUUUUAUUUCAGUUUCACUUGUAACUGCUAUGGUCAGUUAGCUAAAAUAGCUAGCCUUUUACAGUUAUUUUGGAUAUGAGUGUCAAGCCUUUGUCUUAACAAUACACAUUUCCCUUCCAUUCUAGUUGAUAUCACUGAAAAGCUUCAAAGUCUAUUUAGAAAGAAAAUGUCACAUGUCCCCAUCCAAAUGCUAGUUCUAUGGCUUGCUUGAUUAUAUUGUCUGAUUUGUAGCUGCCUAUAUAUGAUUAUACACAAGUUUAUACAAUCCACUUGUGUUUUUUAUUAUAGUGGGCGGAUAGAUACUCUAAAGGACUGUUCUCAUUUGGAAACAUCUUAGGCCUGAAUGUAAAUGCUGAGUUAGACCAGGGUAAAUGCACAGAUCUGACCAUCCUAAGUACCUAUGAACUUUUGUGUUUUCUUUCAGCUGUGGAAGGCCAUAUUGUCCACUGGAUUGAGAGCAAGGCCUCGUUUGGGGACGACCACAGCCAUCGCACCUACCUGAAUGAGCAGUUCUGGAGCUACUGGAACCGGUAUGUCUUCUCAUUACAUUUACAUUUACGUCAUUUAGCAGACGCUCUUAUCCAGAGCGACUUACAAAUUGGUGCAUUCAACUGAUGAUAGCCAGUGGGACAACCACUUAUUUUUUUGUGGGGGGGGGGGGGGGGUAGAAGGAUUACUUUUAUACUAUUCCAGGUAUUCCUUAAAGAGGUAGGGUUUCAAGUGUCUCCGGAAGGUGGUCAGUGACUCCGCUUCCAUACUGCAUCGCAAAACCACCCAAACCUACAGUAUACUAUGCUUUCAGUACACUUUCUAACAUCUCCCAAUCAAACCCCCUUUCACAUCAUUAGACGCUCCCAGUUUUUUUUGUCUUUUGAAGGUAGGUCACGCAUAGGUCAUAUAGUUGUGUGUAAACAACUUCCUUCAAAUGCAGGUCAUAUCCACUCCAAACAUCCCCACAGUGUAACAUUACACACUUCCUCCCAAAGAGGGCCACUGUAUCAACAUACGUGUAGUAGGACUAUAUUACAAUACUAGUCACUUCCAUCCUGGUCCUGGGGGUCAUUGAGAACCUCUCUGGGGCUGGAUUGUUUUCCAGAGUACACAACACAUUGCUUUGGAAGGGAAACGCGGAAACGGAAGGGUGAUUAAUCCCUUAGAUUCUGUUGUCAUGAGAACCCCUGGACAGGAACGAGGAAGGGGGGGCUGGAUGGUCCCACGCUGGGGAGGAACAGAGGCGUGCUGCCGGCCUCGUGUAGAGGCCCCUCAGUCAGGACUCAACCACAACACGACAUGCAUACAGCACAGGGCCUCUUGUCAUUGUCUCUGAGUAGUAUUCACACUCCAGGCAUCUGCCAGGGAGUCUCAGAGAGGGAAGCCAGGCCCACGACGUCUCCCUUGAGGAGUUAACAAAGUUUGUCGUGUUUGAAAACAAACUGUAGCGGGAGGGGAAGUGAGGUAUGCUGGCUCACAGCCGUUUGUGAAUUCCACUUUCUCAGAAGAUAGGUCUUUUUUUUCUCUUCUGUACAGCAAAUGUACAAAUGGUGAUCAAGUAGAAAUCCUUAGUCCUUGGGUUGUACUGGUGAAAUGAUCUAUGAUGUGACCAGAGCAUCAUUCACACUGUCGUGGCUCAUAUAAACCCAUAUCGUCCCUCUGAGCGCCCAGACCGCCCGCCUGCCUGGCCAGUAGGGGCUUCUCUUACUCACUCACCGUUGUGAUGGCUUCCAUAGUGCCAGGCGCCAUGGAGACCUCACCUUACAGGAUUAGUAACCAAGCUACCGACACAGCAACCCAAGUGUGUUUUGUGUCGGGGCAUGGCGGAAGCGAAUUGAGGGGCGAAAGUGCUCGCGCAUGGCCUAUCUCUCCUGCCUCAACCAUGGCUUCCAAAUGCACUGAGCCUGAAAGGUCACCCCCAGCGCUCCUACCGCCCCCAUCCUCACGUCUUGGCCACUACAGCCCCAACCCUUGCCCCCCUCAGCUGUGACGGCCCGCUGACACAUAGUGAUAUGACGACCAGUGCCGGAAGGUUCCAGCCUCCACAUGCUGUGUCCAGAGACCAGGCAGAGCCAGGCUGUGUGGAGAGGCUGCAGCAGAGAGAACAGCCUAAGUUUGUUUGGUUAACUGAUAGUUGUCACUUUGUCAAAAGGUCAUAAUGGCAAAGUAAUAUGAUGAAUCCGUUUGCCAGCAGAGUGAUAAUGACAGUUAUAAUUGACAGCAAUUUGUCAGUCUCAUAUGUCACAAAUAUAAUUACUUUGAUUAUUUUUAUGAUAUUACCGAUAUUUAUAUUAAAACGUAAAUUUGGAAAUUGAGGUGAAUGGCAUGGAAUAGUUUUACAGCGGGAGAGCAUUAAGCAUGUUUAUAGACAAUUACUUCCUGAUUGACUUAACAGAUGCCAUCUAACCAAACAUCUGCCUUCCAGGGAGGAUGAUUCAACGAUAUACUGAGCAGUGAAAUGAAAGAGACUAGCAGGAUGCCAAGGUCAUAAUCAACAAUGUGUUUUAUUUUCUCAGUCUAAUAUAGUUUUAUUUGGAAAUGGCAUUCUUCCCAAAGUCAGGGGGGAAAGAAAUGCUCUGAGCUCUGUGGCAUUUGAUAAUGUUGGCGACCCCAGGAACCCAAUGUCACUGGAGUGUGACACUCGAAGGACCAUCUUUGAUGGCUGCCAUUUUUAGUGUGCCUCAUUAAAGCCCCUUUAAGAAAGUUGUUGACCAGAAAAAAGUUUGGCCUGGGAUCCAGAACAUUCCUAUACCAUGAGGGGAUGAAUGGCGUUUAAUGAGAAAACACUUGAAUGAAAACUGUCUCAGUCAAUCAAAUCUGACAUGAUAUACGAGUCAAAGUUUGAGAGACGGGUCUUUUAUUCCCAUUAGGUCCUAUGAUUAGUACCACAGGCAGCACGAGAUGGCAGCAAUAACAUCAGACGAUUGAGACUUUGCCUCUGUGCCCAGCCCAAGUCCAUGUACUCUAGUCUGUUGUUGUUGUAUUGAGAGGACAAUAGCACAUAUCCAUCUACCUGCUUCAACAGAAGCUCUUGGUAUUAAACUAGAGUUAUGGAAUACAAACGGAUAAACUGAUCGGAAGAUUGCUUCUGUAAGCCUAAGAACCUAAGAUAUCUGUCCAUUCAUGUCUUCAUUGGUAUUCAGUGCAGUGGCCUUGUCGGGGUACGUUAAGGAACUGACAGUGUAGAUCCCAUCAUGUCAGCCAACGGCCUGGUCAGAUAAACGUUGCCGUGUCAAAAAAAUGUCAGUUCCUUCAGACCCCACCUUUCCCAGCACCCUUGUAAUUUUUAAUUGACAUUUACUGCUGACAUUUUGAAUGCGCUCCCUCGUAUUGUUAGGCCUGCAUCGUAGAGUCUGAGAGGCAUGAGCUGCCCCUGCACUUAGUGUGUGUGUGUGUGUCGAGGGAGGAAGGCAAUGAAUUUGGGGUCACUGCAUUGUUUGCAGUCACAACCAUGUGAAGCCAGAGAGCGAGAGAGCGAACAAGAGAAGGGGAGCGAGGGAGGGAGAGAGAAUGAUGGGGUGACAUCAUCCUCCCUUCUCUUCUCAUUAGCAGUAUCAUUUCAUGUGACGGGUCCUGGAGGGCUGAGGGCCUUUGUGUUUGUCCAUUCCUUCAUUCACCCAUUCCUCAAAGACAGGUUCCAGUGGAGCCAGUCCCAGCCCUUUGGUUUCCCUUCUACAUGA